GAGACUAACAUUCAUUGACUAAAAGGCUAAUGUUUUUCGCCAAGUGAACGAGUUUGUCUUUGUGUCGUUAACUCUGAGGCGGCGAUGUAUCGCACUAUUUAGCGGGCUAUAUGCAAGUGCAAACUGUUUAGACAAAUCUCGCCGAUAAGCAAAUCUGUGCAGCAGGUAGGAUGACAAUGGUCUCAAAAUGUCAAAACAUACUCCACAAUCUAAAUAAUAGUGGGUAAUUGGCUUUAAAUCGUUUAUUAUCGGAAAUGAUACUCCAGGAAAUUACAUUACACUUCCAUAUCGUAAUAUGCGUGUAAUAUAACAUUUACAGUUCGCGUAUACUAGCAUUAUGUAUUUUAUUUGCUUAUGUUUAUCAUAUAGUGAAUAAUCACGGUUAUCCCGCGUUUAUCACAAAAUAUCGCAACCAAUCAGAGUGCAGGGAAUUACGCGUGGAAGUGACGUUUUUAAAUGUUUCGCCUACCACAGCGCGAGCAAAGAGGAGAAAACGCCUGCAGAACAGGGAUCAUUGUUUUUCCAUCAUGGCAAACCCCGCGAAGAAUGGAGGGAAAUAACGCAUUAUAAUUUUUUGUCCCACAUAUGCAAAUCUGUGCAUGAGAAACAUGGCAGAUUCUGACCUUUACAUGCAAUGUGAUGAAGAUGAUCUAGAGCCAUGCCAGAGUAUUACAAAAAACAGAGACCACCAAUAUAACAAAGUUACUGUAGUCCCAAGUGGCAAUAGUGCACCAGCACAAUCUGAUGGCACCUCUAAACCGACAUCAGCUCCUGCGGUUACGUUACUGCCGAAUGCUGUCCAGACAGGUGGAGCUGCAGGAGGCACACAGACUAUAUACAUCAGUGCACAGCCCAAUCCAGGUCAGCCUCUGGCAGGCUCAGUGGGAUUGGGAAAUUUGGGAACAUCACUUGGUUACAUCUUGAAUGGACAGCCUAUUAGUUUUCUGACCGCAGGUCAGACACCCCAGUUCAUUUCUCCGCGGAUGGUCACCCCAGGGAGUGUAGGACAGCAAACGACAUCUGGGAAACUACCUACAUUGCAGAUCCCAGUCACCUUGACCAUCAAUAACCCCUCAAACUUACAAAGUAUCACCUCAUCGGCCCCAGGAGUGUCCACUCUUAAUGUGACCCCCUCCAACAUCCAACCAGCCAUAGCUCCAGGUGCAACAAUUAAAGUUAUAAAGUUUACGAAGCUUCCUGGAGCACCUGCAGGUUCUGGUCAAGUAGUGAAUUCACUAGUGCAGCCCACCAAAACCUUCUCCUUCCAAAACAAUAUAACAAACCGAGCUCCAGCCCCGUUCCUGUCUGGUGGGCUAUCUCAAACUGUGAGACCUCAAGCACAGAUCUUUGGCCCUCCUUCUGCCACAACCACUAACGCAUUGAAAAGGGCCUCCAGUUCUUCGAAUUUCUGUGUUCUCUGUAAAGCCGUUUACCAAAAGAGUCAGUCCCUCCGUGGAUACUUCUGUCAAUGCAAUCAAGAUCUUAUCAAGAGCAUCAAGGACCUGAAGGCCCAAAGUAGAAAAAGGAUCAAGCGGCCGAGUGACACAACCCAGUCAAAACCCGCCACAUCUGAGACCGUUUCCUUCUCCUCGUCCUCAGAAACGUCUCUCAAACACGUCACGACUUCUGAGAUACCUGAGGGAGUGCCUAGUCCUCGCUCUGGAGAUAUUGACGACCAGGGCAGAAUGAUCAUGCUAGUUGAAGACUUCUUCUAUGGGCAGCACCCUGGCCAGCAUGCAUCAUUAAAAACCUAUUCAGUAACCAUCUCAAUGAAAUGCCAAGUUUGUGAGAAGAAGGUGAAGGGCAACAUCAAGAUGAUGAACCACAUGAAACAACACAUGGAGUUGGAUCACCAAACAGGGGAAGUAGACUGUCAUUCUAUGUGCCAGCAUUGCUACAGAACCUUUUCAACACCCUUCAAUCUGCAGUGCCAUGUUGAGGCAGUUCAUAACCAAGCAGAGUCCUCAAAAGUGUGCAAGAUCUGUGAGUGGUCCUUUGAGAAUGAACCCCUCUUUCUGAACCACAUGAAGCAGGCGCACAAGCCUGGUGAGAUGCCCUACAUGUGUCAGGUGUGCGAGUUCAGAUCCUCUUUCUACCAAGAUGUUAUAAGCCACUUCACAGAGCAGCACAAGGACACCUGCAUCUUAAUGUGUCCCUUCUGCUUAAAAGUAUUUCGGUCUUAUAUCGGCUUCCAGUUGCACUUUGCUAGACACCAGAAAAGAACAGCACAUCAUUGUGGCCGAUGCCGACUUCAAUUCAUUCAUGACAAGGACAAGUGGAAACACAGACACAGGUUUCACAGGACAUGUGUCAAACCCAAGCAAUUGGAGGGCCUCAAGCCUGGUACUAAGGUAAUCAUCCGAGCUUAUGCUGACAGUAACGCCACAUCAACAACUGCAGCAUCUCAAAAUGUCACCAAUAAAGUCAUUCCUGUCAAGAAAAAGCCGGUGGAAAGCAUGAUGGAGCUAAUGGUCAAGUUUGAGAGUCAAUGCAAGCCAACAGAAAAACACUUCUGCAUGGAAUGCACAUAUGAUAUUCCAUACUUUUCCAACCAUUUCCCCACGUAUGUGAGCUGUUCCCUCUGCCGAUACUGUACUUGCUGUUCCAGAGCUUAUGCCAAUCACAUGAUCAGUGUACAUGUUCCUCGGAAAAGCACCAGAAAAUACAUUACCCUUUACAAACCCUGUCCGAAGAAGGGGAGGCUAAACUGUGUCACAUGUAGAUACAAAACUCGGGUUGGAGAUUCGAUGGCCAAACAUCUUGCUGACAAUCCUAAACAUCAAGCAAGCCGAUGCACCUUGCGGGAAGGAUUUUCACGUGGCUAUAAAAGAUUUGUCUUCAUCCCAACGGACCUACUCCGAGGAGGUCAGAUACUCAACAACGCGUUUUUCUUGCCUUUGCAAGUGAAGCAAGUGGACAAGAGUUCAUUUCCUCCGUUCUCUAAACCCCUUCCUCGACCCACCUACACGAUAACACUGCCUGCUAGUCCCGCUCACACACUGUCCUUUCCAAUUCAGGUUCAACCUAUCAAACAAAGUGCCGUUCCAGACAAAAAAUGUGCAAUCAAACCAGAUGCUCCGAAGCAAACUCCACAUGGAGGUCUUUCUAAAGUCGACAGAGGACGUACAGUGGAGAACACGCUUACCGUAGCUCAGAUGAAAGUUGUACUGUACGCCCUCUGCUGUGGAGUCCCACAGGCCGCCAAUCACUUCGACACUCCACCGGAAGAUGUCCAGUCAUUGCUCUUGAAGCGUCAGCGUCAGAUUGUGCCCUCGAGAAGCACCAGAGAAGGGUUGACGCCACAGGCAUCCGAUAGCUUAGUCGAAUGGGUGCUGUGCCAACGUGAGCAACAGCUACCUAUCGAUGAAGCUAAUCUGUUCGACUUCAUGAGCAGUCAUGGUGCGCAGGACAUCUCUUACGACUCGGCGGUUAAAUUCUUGCUACGCCACGAUCUGGGCUUGCAGGCAUUCGCCACAUCCAGCAAGUUGCUACCGGAUAAAUCCCAGGAGCUGGAGCGUUCCUUCAGCAGCUUUCUGAAAAAGCAAGUCAUUUCGCAAACAUUUAGACUAUCUUCUAUGGGCGCCAUGGAUGAGCUUUCCAUAUUUAUAGAUAUGGAGCAACUGGAUGAAGCCUCUGCCGAUUCGUCGUCCAUGUUGUCUGCUUUUAAGUUGAUGGGCACCACAAAUCCACUCAUAGAGGUUGUGUUCACAGCCCUGGCGGAUGGGACCACGUUAUCCACCAUGCUUUUCCUCAGAGGCGAACCUCUCAAGCCAGAUGCACAUUCCUUGCCAGACUUCAUCAUCCUGGAGGCUAGACCUGAAGGGUUCACGGAUGAAGAAAGACUACAGCUUUGGUUGGACAAGGUGUGGUGUCGGCAUGUCAAACCUAAAUCUGGAGGCAAAGGGUUGCUGAUAAUGGACACGUACAAAGGCCACAUGUCUGAUGAAUUCCUGGCAGCGCUCAACAGCACGAACACUCUUCCAGCUCCGAUCCCUCGCAGUUGCUCUCGUCGUCUGCAGCCCCUGGAAGCCUGCAUGGGGCCUGUGUUACGCGAGUUUCUGCAGGCUCGUUGGAGCGAGCAUGUAACUACGGUGCCACAGGAACUGGUUGGAGCCAAACCAGCAGACCUUGCGCAUCUUCUCUCUCGCUGGCUGGUCGAGAUACUGGAUGUCCUCAAAGCAGAGCCCAAGCUUCUUUUCCGCUCUUUCGAUCGGAUUUUGAGCUCAAACCCAGAGGUGACGUCCGAGGAACCGUCAGAGCUCGUGCGGAGUCUCACUGAAGCUCUCCUGGUCAAUAAAAUGCAAGGACAUAAAGUUGAGCAGAAAGCUGAGAUCUCCGGUGUUGUUUCUGUAGAAUCCUCUCCGCAGUCCAGCCUGACUUUUUUGAAAAAGAUGUUUGAGAAAGACAGCGAUUUGGAGUCGUUUCAUGGUUUUGAGGAUUCAGAAAUACAAGAACAUCAAGUUAUCAUAUAAAUUGAAUCAUAUUCUUGAAAUUUGCAAGCAUUUUGUGCGUCUUCUGCCGAUUUUAUUUUUGGAGAAUAAAAUGAACUGGUCUUUGAGAAAGUAAAUGUAGUAGGUCAUUGCUUGAUUAAGUCUGUAUGGUUGCAUAUCAUUAGCCUCAUUGCAUAUAUGCGUUUUUUUCUUGUUUUCCAAAGACAUUGAAAUAUGAUGUAGGCAAUUAUGCUAUGAGGCUAACGAUAUGUAAAUUUUUUUGUGUGAUAAAGAUCACUAGUUUGAAGUCCUCUGUUGUUGUUGAUCUUUGAGCUAUGAAUGUGCAACUUGUUACACCUUGUUUUAGUUUAUCACUAUUUUCCUUCACAUCAGGUUUGAUUUCUUUUAUAAUGUGCAUAAAUGUAAAUAGAAAUGAUUUGAAAUCAUUACCUACUGUAUUUAGGAUUAUACUGUAACAUACUGGAUUCAUGUUAAUGAAUAAACGCUUUUAUAGGCAUGUCAUUUAUAAGCAGUGUUUUUUUUCUUUAAGAAGCAAGGGUUGUCUUUUAAGAAGGUAUUUUAGUUUUCUCAAAAAUCUGACCAAUACAGUCAGUUUAUACACACGACACAUUGUUUGCUAUACUGAUGCAACUGCCUAAAACCUUUUUCACUGGCACCUCUUAAUCACAGGUGGCUGUAUAUUAUGAUCCUAUUUGUGUAUAUGGUCACAUGACUAAAAUUAUGUAAUGUGCUUAUGGUGGUAUUUUUGAAAAUGUAAUAAAAUGUGAAUGUUUUAUUCCA